AAUUGUUCAAAAUGGCGUCGCUCUAUCACGGAUUUGUGCGGCGUGUUACCAGGUCGUUUCUUGACCGACACAAGUACCCACGACAGCAUGCACAGUUCAUGUCGUGUGAAGCAGUGUCUACAGACCUGGUCAGAACUGAAAAACGAGGUGAGGUGUUCAUGAUAGGCCUCAAUUCUCCCGGCAAGCGGAACGCUGUGAGUCCUGCGACAGCUGCAGAACUCCUGAAAGCGUUCCGGCAGUUUGAGGCCGAGGAAGGGGCCAAGGUGGCCGUGCUGUAUGGGGAAGGUGGUGUGUUUUGUGCUGGGUUUGACCUGACCGCACUUGCAAAGAUGGACACAUCAAUCAGUUCCCUGGUGAGAGAGCCUGUGCAGGACAUAGCAGCACCGAUGGGUCCGUCUCGGAUGUUUCCCAGCAAACCAGUGAUAGCAGCUGUGGAAGGGUAUGCUGUCGCUGGCGGUCUUGAGCUGGCGUGCUUGUGUGAUCUCCGAGUUGUAGACGAAUCGGCAAUCAUGGGCGUUUUCUGUCGGCGAUUUGGUGUGCCAUUGAUUGAUGGAGGAACAGUCCGGCUCCCCAAACUUAUCGGCUUAUCCCGUGCCCUUGACCUCAUACUGACAGGUCGAGCGGUGACCGCUACAGAAGCAAAGGAAAUUGGACUGGCAAACCGAGUUGUCGCAGCUGGCACAGCUGUCGAGGAAGCAGUCCAGCUGGCCAAAGACAUCGCCAAGUUCCCCCAGGAAUGCAUGCUGACUGACCGGAGGUCAGCCUAUUACAGCUCCUUUACUGCCAAAAAUACACUGGAUGCAUUUCAGUUUGAAUAUGAGAAUGGAAUCAAAGUCGUAGCAAAGGAGUCGGUGAAGGGUGCACAGAGGUUUGUGAAAGGAUCAGGCAAGCAUGGCAGUUUCAAUAUGGUCAAGAAAUCGAAACUUUGAGAUGCAGGAGUGAACGAACUGACAGUGUUUCAGUUUCUGCCUUGUCUGGUGAAGAUAUGGUGAUCGCUAACAGGGAGAAAUCUAUUUUAUUUACGUGCAGAUCUAUUUUUUCGUAUGAAUCGAUUGAAUAGAAUAUUCGGAGAACACGAUGUACAAGGAAUUACAAAUUAUCUGUUCCAAGGCAUUUAUUUAUGAGGACAGACAGUAAUUCCUUGUUCCCAGGAGGUAUAUAUGACCUUGGACCUCGUAUUAAGUGUCCAUGAUAUUACACAUUGUCAUUUCAGAAAAGAAACGUGUUUGAAAUGUCAUCCGUGUAGAUCCAGAUCCAGAUCCAGAUCCAGUUUACGAAACUGGACUUUUAUAGUCAGUUGACUCCCAUGCCUCGGGAAGAUGCGAGAUUGUCUGCAAGUUAAAGACACAGAAACAUGCAACUCACAAUCAGGGCGUUGAACCGACUAUUGGUGGAUCCCAGAGCUUCAAAGGGGCAACUUGUCACAGUGAAUUGCAACACCCUAAGGGCCAUACAAAUGUUUGAGUAUUAAUUAUAUGUGAUUAUUAUUUAUACUGAGUCAAAUCAAAAACUUCAGAGAA